AUGGCUGUCUGCGCGCGUCUCUGCGGAGUGGGGCAAUCCCGGAGGUGUCGCAGGCGUCAGCGACAGAACCAGCAGGACCAGUGCAGCGACUCGGACAUGGAGGAAGAGGAGGAAGAGGAGCGGAUCGUGGCGAAGCUGCAAAGCGACGUGUGCGGAGGGGGAGGCCUGGAGAGCGGUCAUCAUGGCACCGGAGCAGAGCGCACGGGAUCCAGCGCGCGUCCGCAAGCUUUGUCCGAUCUACCGCCCGAACUGCUGGUGGAAAUCUUCUCCAUUCUCCCCGGGACAAUAUUACCAAAUGUCGCCCUCGUCUGUAAGAAAUUCAGGCAGAUUCUCAACACAGAAACCAUUUGGAGAAGGCGGUGCGUGGAAGAGUUUGGAAUGAAGGAGGAUCUGCGAAAAAUGGAAGUGGGUGCCGUGUCCAGCAGAGAUCUUUAUGUUAAACGUGUGAAUCCGCGGGUGAAGUCUGGGCGCUUUAUGAAGCUGCUCCCGGACUACGAGCACAUGGAAUAUAAAGACGUGUACGCACACUUGCUUCAUCCCAACAGGCAUAUCUUGGGCAUCUGGCAGCCAGACAUAGGACCUUAUGGAGGACUCCUCAAUGUGGUAGUGGAUGGACUGUUUAUCAUUGGCUGGAUGUACUUGCCGCCGCAUGACCCUCGAGUAGAAGACCCCAUGAGAAGGCGGCCCCUCUUCCGCAUCCACCUGUGGGAAAGUAAAAAGGCGACGGUGGAGUGUAUGUACGGCCACAAAGGUCCCCACAAAGGAGACAUUCAGACUGUCAAGAAGGACGAGUUCUCCACAAAAUGCAAUCAGACAGAUCAUCACCGCAUGCCUGGAGGCCGACAAGAGGAGUUCAGGACGUGGCUGGAGGAAGAAUGGGGCCGAACGCUGGAAGAAAUCUUUCACGAGCACAUGCAGGAGCUCAUUUUAAUGAAAUUUAUUUAUACGAGUCAAUAUGAUAACUGUCUCACAUACCGGCGGAUAUAUCUCCCUCCUCCGCUGCCGGCAGCCCUGCUCCAGCCAGGCCUCUUCAAAGGCACCUACGGCAGCCACGGCCUGGAGAUUGUGAUGCUAAGUUUUCACGAGACGUCGGCCAGAGCCACUAAGCUCACGGGAGACCCCAACGUUCCUGCCGGACAGCUCACUUUAGACGUGGACCUGACCCGCCCGGUGCUUCUGCCCGAUCUGGAGAGUCAGCGCAGCAUCGAGGAGCUGUCCCGCCUGGUGCUGGGGAUCCAUGCCGAGGUGCAGAGAGACAUAGAGCAGCAGGCCAAAGGGGCGUCUACUGCAGCCUCCAGCAGCGGCUCAGAGGAGGGCGCCCGUGGGGAGGCGGAGGGGCACAGUGCUGGGUCAGAACACGGUCAGCCAGAGUCCAGCGGCUGCAUUAAUCCUCCUGAACUCAUGCCAUUUGUUCUGCCUCUGGGGGUGAUGGCGCGCAAUGAAGUGUACCCACGCACCUGCAGGAAGUGUUUUUACGGCACCGGCCUGAUCGCUGGACAUGGCUUCACGAGUCCAGAGCGCACCCCUGGCCUCUUCGUGCUUUUUGACCAGGACCGUUUUGGCUUCAUCUGGCUGGAGCUCAAGUCCUUCAGCUUGUACAGCCGCCUCACGGACCACCUGUCCCACGCCCAGGCCCCGAACACGGAGCGCUUUGAGGCCAUGCUGCGCAACAUGCAGUCCUGGACGUCCUGA